AUGCCUACCACACGACACGCCUCGUUCGCCCGACAAGUCGAAACCCCGCGAAAAGUCGACACCCCAUCGACAUCGCUGGUGGCCCACAACAGAACCGCAAGGCUCAAUAGAUUGAGUCCGCCUGAAGACAAACUCACUGCACAGAACCUUCUAAACGAGUAUACUAAGUUUCUAGGUUCUCCAAAGACCAGGGUCCUCUUCCGCGAAGCAAGCAAGUUGCCCGAGCUCCAGUUCCGGGACUUCGUCAGUGACCUGCCCGCCCCGGCCUUCAUCCGCACCACCGACCUCGGCGCGGAGAUGGAAUCUCUGCAAAGGGCACUCGCUUACUUCCUGCAAACUGUUAGCGGGGUUUCAAACGGCGUGUUCGAUCACGUGGGCGCGGUCGGCUGUGACGUUGUCCAGAAGGGGGACGGCAGUGACAGAAAGUCUACCCUGAACUUCAGACUGGCGAAGAACAAGGGGCUCCAGGAAGAGGACUUCAAGUUCUUUGGCAUUCUUCUCGGAAUUUUGAACGGAACCUCGAGGAAUGUUCCGUCCGAUGAGGUUGAGAGACUGUCUUUACGCCACCCGCUCGUCCGGAUCAACUACGACGUCAACAGGAUCUACAAACAAACUCGGGAGAACAACGGGUCCAGGCCGAAGCCUUGUCUCGGCACCAAAACGACAGACAACCGAAGCGAAGAGCACGAGCCGGAAGAGCUCCAUUGUCUUGGCAUGAACCAGAGAAUCGUCAUUCGCAAGUGCGGCGCGCAGUCGACUCACGGGACGACGGAAAUUGCACAAAUUUCGGUGGGCCAGAUCAUUCCGGACAGCUCACUGUCCUCGACGCAUCUCUUGCGGCUUCACCGAGCGUCUCAGGCGGCGGUUCGCUUACUGCGCAACCGGAUCGCCAGCGAUAUCAGAGACGGACUUCGUAGCCUCCUCGAGCGUCUCCGGUCGUCAAGCAAGCCACCGAAUCUUUGCGGCGUCAAGGAAGAGGAGCUCAUCCAGAGCUUUCCCUCCGUGCUGACUUGUAUCGCAGAGCCCCUGACGCAUUUGGAAGUCAUCUCCGGGUUCCUCCCACGGUAUUGCCGCUCGCAGCACGCUGACGACGACGACGGCACCAUAGUCAACGUCCGGUUCUUCGCGCUGGCGGCCCCCAACAACCCGGUGAUCCAGGGAAGAGGUAAGGCCAUGAGCAGGCUGACCCACUGUGAGAUGCAAGUUCUAGAUCACUACCUUCUCCAGAGGAGGCCGGACAACCAGCUCCAGGGCACGCGCACGCGCGUGGGUAAGUUUAUCGGCAUCUCCAAGGUCUGCUGCCCGCUGUGCAGCAUCGUCAUGUGGACGCUGACGGGCGUCUACGCGGUGGACGGGUCGCACGACGACCUCUCCGUCUGGUGGACGCUCCCCUUGUUCCUGUUUUGCGAAGACGGUCUUUUCAGCGAGCACAGGAGGUGUUUCUUCCGGGUCGUGGCGCACUGGGCGGACAAGCACGGGUAUCGGCCUGACAGCGCCAGGCAGUAA